UGUGGGCGUAAAAUGUACAAAAUAAGCAUCAUUUUAACCUUAUGUGCGGUUAAAGCACCAGCAUCAACGAUUGUUUAUACAUUCGAUACUUCUCAAGGACUUGGACGUCGGUUUGAUGGUAUUGGUGGACUUAGUGCAGGAGCAUCCUCAAAACUCCUUGUAAAUUAUCCUGAAAAACAGCGAGAUGAAAUCUUGGAUCUUCUCUUCAGACCAAAUUAUGGAGCGAAUUUUCACAUUUUGAAAGUUGAAAUUGGCGGAGAUGCACAAAGCACUGAUGGCACAGAAGCAUCACACAUGCACUAUCCAUGGGAUAAAAAUUAUCAACGUGGAUAUGAAUGGUGGUUGAUGAAGGAAGCCAAAAUGAGAAAUCCUGAUAUCAAGUUGUAUGGAUUACCUUGGGGUUUCCCUGGCUGGGUCGCAAACUAUACAGAGAAUCCUUACGCUGAUCGACAACAACUAGCAAUGUACAUAGUUAACUGGAUAAAAGGUGCCAAGACCGAGCAUAAUCUGGAUAUUGACUACAUUGGAAUCUGGAACGAAAGAAAGUACGACAUCGAGUAUGUCAUAACCCUGAGAAAAACCUUGGAUGAAAAUAAUCUAUCUUCAGUUUUGAUUAUUGCAGCUGAUGAUUUUAAUUGGGAUCAAAUCAGUGCCGAUAUUUUCACUCAUCCAGAGUUCAAUAAAGCGGUUUAUGGCAUUGGUAUUCAUUAUCCAGGUACAAAGAGUUCAGUUAGUGCUGUGGAUACAGGAAAGCCAUUGUGGUCUUCUGAGGACUUCAGUACAGUGGAUGAUGUGGUUGGUGGUGGUUGCUGGGCCAGACUUCUUAAUAUGAAUUACGUCAAUGGUCUCAUGACUAGCACGAUCUCUUGGAGCUUGAUUGCAAGUUGGUAUAAUGGACUUCCUUACAGUGGAGCUGGUCUCAUGACAGCCUUUGAACCUUGGAGUGGACAUUAUCAAGUGACAACACCUUUGUGGGUGUCUGCUCAUACAAAUCAGUUCGCCAAACCUGGUUGGCAUUAUCUAGCCCAUGGCAAGGGGGUUGGUAAUUUUACGUUUGGAGGAAGUUUUGUCUCUCUACAGAGCCCAGAUGAACAAGAUUUUACUAUAGUGAUAGAAACGAUUUCGCAUAACAUGUCUGUCUGUAUUCGACCAUAUCUCCCACCAUACACAGUCCAGAAUCAAACAGUUGUAAUUAAACUGGAAGGGCCUUUGAAGAUUAUUAAUAAGUUAUCUGUAUGGUACAGUAAGUUGUCUAAAGAAGAACCUUCUUCAAUGCUCAUACAGAAGACUGGAAUUCUAGUCACAGAUGGACAGUUCCAGAUGGAUUUGGGUAUUGAUGAAAUCUGGACUUUGACUACAGUAACAACUGGUGCGAAAGCAAAGAGAGAACCACCUCCCAGCAAACCAUUUCCAGUACCAUACUUUGAUGAUUUCGAGAACUCAUCGGAGUUUAGUGAACCGAACAAUCUAACGCCUCAGUUGAGAAGUUAUGAGGUUUUGAGGAACAGUACCACUCAAAAUCAAUUCAUACGACAAACAUCUCUCCAUAAUCCUGUCGAAUGGUGCGGAAACGAUAAUCAUCCUCGAAGCUUUGCCAUUAUAGGAUCCAAUGAUCUUAAACAUAUUGGAAUCAGCGUGAAGUUUAAUUUGGAUAUCGCUAACGCAACUGACGGUGUAUUUCUAUCAACAAGAGUUAACGCUACUGGAUGUGCUUCAAUACAAUCCAGUGGAGUGUUCUUCAGUAUCUAUCCAAAAUUGUCAAAGUUUGUAGUCAGCUCAGAUUUUGAAGGACUUCAUCCACUACAGGAAGGUACCCUGACAAAGAUUCCUGUUUACAGUCGGUGGAAUGAACUGGAGCUUCAAGUUGCUGGUAAUUAUGCUUGGGGAUCUCUGAACAAUAAAGAAUUAUUCGAUAUUAAUAAUAUACCAGAUGACCCUAGUAUGGGUUUUGUUGGAUUAGGAACUACUGAAUAUGGACUGGCCGACUUUGAUGAUUUAAGACUGUUUGAACCAAAACAGGACAUCUUCAAAUUGAAAUUCAGCGUAGUUGUGUAAGCAUUAAAAUAUACAAAAGUAACUUAAAAAUGGGUCUAUUAAAGCUCCUUGGUAU